UUUUCCUUGUUUCCUCCGCCCAACAGACGGAGGAGGUGUUUGUAACAUGGCUGCCCCUGCGCUCUCUAGUCGGGCUGGGUCGGUGGGGAGCCUCGGCAGCAGCCCCACGGCUACCCCCGGUUCCUCCAACAACAACAACAAGAGCCUGCAAGCCUGCCCAGAGCUAGACUUCAGGUCCGGGUCCCGGGUGGACGAGCUAAACCGCCUCAUCCAGGAGUUUAGCAAACAUGACCAGCGUGAGUAUGACGACCAGCGGGCUCUGGAGAUCCACACGGCCAAGGACUUCAUCUUCUCCAUGCUUGGCAUGGUUCAGAAGUUGGACCAGAAGUUGCCUGUGGCCAACGAGUACCUGCUGCUGUCAGGAGGGGUCCGGGAGGGCGUGGUGGACAUGGACCUGGACGACCUGAGUGUCUACGCCCGGGGAACGGACUAUGACAUGGACUUCACCCUGCUUGUACCGGCGCUCAAACUCCACGACCGGAACCAGCCCGUGACGUUGGACAUGCGGCACUCGGCGCUGUGCCACUCCUGGCUGAGCCUUCGUCUGUUCGACGAGGGCACCAUCGCCAGGUGGAAGGACUGCUGCACCGUGGUGGACCACAUCAACGGAGCCACCAACUUCUUCUUCUCGCCCACGCUGGUGGCCGACUGGUUCUACCAAUCCAUCUCGCUGGUGCUGCUGGAGGUGCAGAAGAAGCCUCAGAGGGGCAUGCCGCGGGUGGAGAAGGUGGAGCGCAACGGCACCAUCAUCUCCGUCAUCCUGGGCGUGGGCAGCAGCCGCAUGCUCUACGACAUCGUGCCGGUGGUCUCCUUCAAGGGCUGGCCGGCCGUGGCCCAGAGCUGGCUCAUGGAGAACCACUUCUGGGACGGAAAGAUCACCGAGGAGGAGGUGAUCAGUGGCUUCUACCUGCUGCCCGCCUCCUCCUUCAAGGGCCGCAAGGAGAACGAGUGGAGGCUGUCGUUCGCCCGCAGCGAGGUGCAGCUGAAGAAGUGCAUCUCGUCCAGCCUGAUGCAGGCGUACCAGGCCUGCAAGGCGCUGAUCAUCCAGCUGCUGUCGCGGCCUAAGGCGGUCAGCCCCUACCUGCUGCGCAGCCUCAUGCUGUGGGCCUGCGACCGCCUGCCCGCCCCCUACCUCUCGCAGGAAGACUUCUCGGCCCACUUCCUGUUGGGGCUGAUCGACGACCUGCAGCACUGCCUGCUCAACAAGAUGUGCCCCAACUACUUCAUCCCACAGUGCAACAUGCUGGAGCACCUCUCGGACGAGGCGGCCAUGCUGCACGCACGCAAGCUGUCGUCGGUGCGCUCCGACCCGGCCGAGCACCUGCGCUCCACCAUCGAGCACGCCAAGGCCGCGAACCGCCUCAGCUCGGAGCUGCAGUGGCGCGGCGGGGGCAGCAACCCGCCCUCGCCGCAGUCGGACGCCGGCGGGGAGAGCCAGCCCGACGACCGGCUGGCCAAGAAGCUCCAGCAGCUGGUCACGGAGAACCCGGGGAAGUCCAUCUCCGUCUUCAUCAACCCCGACGACGUCACCAGGCCUCACUUCCGCAUCGACGACAAGUUCUUCUAAGAACACGCGUUUCCACAACCCCCGUCCUCUCCUUCUCCUCUCCUUCUCCUCCUAGUGGCCUCUCCUCUAACUGGAUGGAUAUUUUUUUAUCUUUAUUUUUUCACCAAGUGACGUUACAUGAUUGUUUUCCUUCUUUCCUUCCCUUGUCUUCUGUUAUCUAAGGUUCCUAUGGGCCUUUACUGACUGGACGCUCAGCUUUGAAGCUGAAGGGUAAAAAUAAAACUGCGUUUGUCAUCGUCCAAUCAGCGAGCUGGUUCCAGACACUAAGAUGGCAGCUCAACAGGGCUUUUUUCCCCACAAUGCUUUUAACUUCAAAUGUGAAAUGUCCUGUGUUCCGAGUCUUAGAAGAUACCCACAGUCUCUAACUAACCAAAACUGUUCAGAAUCAUUCAUGUCCCACUAACGGAUCCUAAAUAUGUUUGAGUCCAGAUUGGUGCU